UACUGGGGAGGAAGAGACGCGUCAAUUUCCUUUCAACGAAAUGUGUGCGAGAAAUAAACAAAAAAUAAAGCGACAGAGUCUGGCAGUUUGGGAAGUUUCAGAAUGAACGGCCAGGUUGACACGGACGUGGACUACAAGCGCAAGUACAAGAACCUGAAGCGCAAACUGAAAUUCCUGGUUUAUGAGCAGGAAUGUUUUCAGGAGGAGCUGAGGAAAGCUCAGAGGAAGUUGCUCAAGGUCUCCAGGGACAAGAGCUUCCUCCUGGACAGACUGUUGCAGUACGAGAGAGUUGAUGAAGAUUCUUCCGACUCCGAUGCCACGGUUUCCUCCGACAACAGUGAAGGAGAAGGACUGAGGGACAGAGAGAGGGAAUGUGUUAAAAAGAGGAGGAGCAGCCCUGGUCUCCCUGGGCAUGUCUCAUCCUCUGCCUCCCAUAUGUCCCUGUUGUCUCGCCCUGGGGUGACACCCCUUCAGUCUGCAGCAUCCACCCCUUACCUCAACACUUUGCCCUUCCCCCCAGAGUAUUUGGCUCCUUCCUCUGAUCGAGGGAAGAAAGAGAGAAAGACAAAGACGACCAAACACAAGAAAGACUCUGCGGGGAAGGUUGUGGCCCCUACAGCUUCUAACUACCCCUCUGCCACAGCGCCUUCUGCUACCCCUGGUACUCCUUUCAGUUGGGUGCCACGACAGAUGCUGAGCGGAGAUGCAGCAGAGGAAGAGGGUGACAGCGAAGGUGAUAGCGACAGAGGCGAGGAGGAGCGAGGCGAGGGGGAGGAGGCUGAGUUGGUCAUUGACAUUCCUAACGAGUGAGGGUGUGUGCCUCCCGUGGCCACACCCCAUGGGGGUUAGUCUUACCUUGCAGUUUUCACUGUGCACUCAGCAAUAUUCAAUGCUUGCAAAACUACAGAUGGAACUCAUUACUUAUUUACAUUCAGUUGUAUUCAAGACUCCUGGAGGCAAUGUCCCAGUCUAAGUUCAGGGCUUUCUUAGUGGCAGUGACUUGAAGGCAGGAGGGCACCAUGCAUGAGGUACAAACACUACAUACUGUCAUUCAAAGGGGGAUGAGUAGGAGUAUUCCUAUCUGGUAUCUCCAGUGACAUGAAGAUGCACUAGAUGUCAAGGCAAAAAUUCAGGAAGGGACCCUAUAGUACUGUGGAUAUUUGGUGUUUGACAGUUUGUAAGUUAUAUAUUAGGAAAAAUUUGGAAUGCACUACCCCACUGUUUAAUUAAUUGUAAAAUGAAUGCAAAGAUGCACAGCAAAAACAGCAUAUUGCAUAGUACAUUAAAAAAGGAAACGCAUGCAUACACGGACAAGAUCAUAUCAAGGUAGCGCGGGUCCACUCCCAGGUGAUUCCAUAUUUUUUAUUUUCAUAUGUAUUUUUUCUUACUGCGGAAGAAAUUAGCCUGUGCCCCCCACUGUUAUGAUUAGAGCAUGUUUUUAAUGUUAAAUUCUGUAAACAAACACACAGUAGGGAUAGAAGUCAUUUACUGAAUGAUCAUAUGAUAUAAAAGCAACUGCAAUGCAUCUGGUGUAUCUUUUGGCAUAGUUUGAUAUGCGAUACACAGUGACGUAAUUUAAAAAUAAGUGCCACAUCUCCUAUAAUGAUGACAUAUGACUUAGACAUGCAGUUUAAUUCAGUUUUAGAAUCAAUGAAUAAAUUGUUACUGUUUUCAGUUUUUCACACUGUUAGUACAUGUGUGUCGUUCUGAGUAAAUAGACCUUCCCUGAUUCUUUCUUUUACUCUUUUCACACAGGC